CACCGAUGCCAGUCGGGUUGCGAGCUUCGACCGCGAAGCUCGGCCCAGCACGCGGCUUCCUCCUCGCAGGUGCGACAGUUCGCGUUCAUGCCUCGACCCGUGGAAAUCGCGCGUUCACCUCGAUGGACCGUACGAGGAGAGAGAACGACACGCACUCCAAGCCGACACUCUAUGGGAACAAGCGGCUAUUGGAGCUCGAUCUGGACUACUUGGAAAGGAGAGGAGGCGAUACGAUAACUUGUGAAAACGCUGAAAGUGGAUCGAAAGAGGAAGAAAGCCCUGCAGACACUCUGGAUCGUGUCAAAGUUGUGUUUCUCGGUGCACCUGGGGUGGGAAAGUCCAGCAUAAUUAGGCAAUUCGUGUGGAGCGAAUUCUGCGAGGAAUACAAACCGACCGAGCGCAGAGAGACUUUCUAUCCGAGCGUGGUACUCGCCGAUCGAUUGUACGAACUAAAAAUCACAGAUCUACCGAUGAUCCCGUAUUUUCCGGUCAGCUCGCACCUCGAAUGGACGGACUUCCGUUAUUACGGACUACGAAGUGCGAACGCUUACGUUCUCGUGUUCGAUCUCAGUAAUCAGGACACGUUUCAGUAUAUUAGGACGUUACGAGAACAAAUCUACGAAGCACGGGAUAUGAGGGGCAUACCGUUAUUGGUAGUCGGGAACAAGCAAGACGAAUUGUCGCCUGCGGCUGCUUCCGGAACUCGCUACAGGGACAUCGUUAAUCUCGUUCGGAAGCACUGGCGAUGCGGCUACGUCGAAUGUAGCGCCAGAUUUAACUGUCGUGUUGUACAGGUAUUCCGUGAACUGAUGAAGAGUAUUCAAGCCGUGGAAGGUAGACCACCUUCUCCCACGCCAGCACCCUCGCAACCUCUACGAUCUCACUCGCACGACACCAGCGAAAAAUGUAUUCUUCUCUGACAUUGAAGCCAGAAAAUCAACGUGCUCGAUUUCUGCGACCACAUCAUCAAAAGAAGUUGCUUCUAUCUAUACCAUGACACAGGGUCGUAGUUAACUCGAAGCGGAUACGAAAAACAAACGUUGUGAAAAGAUCCUCCAUGCAAAAGCUCAAUUGCACGCAGAAUCCCAAAUUAUUCUCAAUAUCCCUCUAGUCGAGUUGUAAUCCGAAACAGGAGUCCACUCAGGAGCCUUUUGUGGUUCAUUAAUCGACAAUGCAGAAUGCAGUAUUGUGAUUGUUGGAGACAUCGAGAUUUUUCAUGGAAAGCAUGGCCACCUUUUGCGCAUAAAUGACAAAUAUUCUAAAUUUAGUACAGUUUUCUUGUGUCUUUCGUAAAUUUAAUGCUGUAAGUACAAACUGAAGUGAGUAAGGAAUAAUUUCACUGUUAUUUUUUUAACAAUUUUAAAGUUGUAAUGAUCGUUCGAUCGCUUUUCGUGAAAGAUCUCUCAAAGCUCAUGAAUUAUCAGUAUUACGAGAGUAUGAAGUUAGUAACGAAGGAAAUACCGAAUAUACUUUGCGAAUCGAAGAACCUUAAUAUCUCGUCUGUGAAUAUUCCCACCGAAACUGCUCAUCGUGUAACUUUAACACUGAAAAAUAAUGCAAUCAUGUUGUACAACUGCACUUUCGCGUCGAGAUCGACGGAAAGAUUGCAAAUACGUAUGUAUGUACGUAACCGACUGCCGAAUCCCUCUAUGUACAAUUUCAUUUCUACGAUUUACUUUAUAAUUCGCUCUGUAAAUAUAUCAUGAAUUUCUUCUAUUCUGUACAAACAAAGUUUAUAAAUGAAUUUAUCUCACUUUUUCAAAUUCCUACAUAAGAUUUCAAAUAGUUUAACAUGCGUAAUUAUAUAAAAUUGAAAUACUACUUUCAUUUUUAGAAAUUCUUCAUUAAGAAUAUAUGUACCAGAGAUAAAUUUAUUUAUAGAUUAGAAUUGGUUAUUCUAUAUACACCUCUAAAACCCAUAUUUUGAUGAAAAAUUAAGAGAUCUAUUGUAAUUGCAAACGUAAUAAAGUUCGCUCUAUUUUUCUGUGAUAUGUUUUAUUGUAUAGUUCGUUGCUCUAUUAUUAUAUUGAACCUCGAGUAUACGAAAUUAAUAUUUUUAGUUCACUUUCCAAUAAUGCAUUCGGCCUAAUAAUAAUAAUAGUAAUAAUAAUAAUAGUAAUAAUAAUAAUAAUAAUAAUAAUAACAAUAAUAGUAAUAAUAAUAA